AUGUUGAACUUCCUCCCAAGGCAAGCAUUUCCAACAUGUUUCUUCUACUUGUGGUUAUGGUGGUGCUUAAUUUCACCAUCGGCAGAGGCAAAUCAUGGAGCUGCAGCACCAAAACUCUACAGCACCUGCAGAACCACAACAAGCUGUGGCAAUGACACAACCAUUGACAUCAGGUUCCCGUUCACCAUCAAGGACAAGCGUUCAUCUGGGUACGAGGGAUAUCCUGGGUUCGAGCUUUCUUGCAGGUCUGAAACCAACCAAACACUGCUUCAUCUGCCAAACUCCGUCAACUUCAUCGUCCAGAGGAUUGACUAUGAAUCUCAACGAAUUUAUCUGAGAAGCCCAGAUGGGUGUCUUCCCAGACAACUCCGAGACCUUGAACUGUCAACCUCACCAUUCAAAAUGGUUGGGGUAAUCCCUAUUAACACGUUUUUCAACUGUUCCAAGCUCCCACAUGAGAUGCCUAGCUCUUUGUCGCCAGAGCCUUGCCUUGGCCAUGGGGUCUAUUCCUACUAUUCAGUACGCACCCUAGAUGACGUUGAAUUGGUGUCUUGUAAAAAGAUGUACAACCUUCCAGCAACAGGCCUAGCUGAUCCUUAUUUGAGCUGGUCUGAACCAGGAUGCCGCAAAUGUUACAAGGUAAAAAGGGAAUGCUGUGUGUUGAAGCAGGGCAGACUGAAACCAGAAGUUGAGUGCUCUGGAGAUGCUAAUCGCAGUAAAGUUCUGGCCUUGAAGAAGGGACGGAUAGCUGGGGUUACUCUGGGUUCGGUCUCCAUUGCGGUAUUGGUCAUUGCACUUCACCGUGCAUACAAUUAUAGUCAGAGGGAAAAGGAAUACCGGUCAAAGGUUGAGGAGUUCUUGGACGAUUACAAGGCUGUCAAGCCUACACGCUUCUCUUACGCCGACAUUAAGCGAAUCACCAACCAGUUCACUGUUGAACUAGGUCGAGGUACUUAUGGAACAGUGUUCAAAGGGAAGCUAUCCAAUGAAAUCGAAGUAGCUGUCAAGGUACUUGGCAUCAACAGUAGCAUCUCCAAAGGAAAUGGAGAGGACUUUGUGAAUGAAGUGGGAGCAAUGGCCGGAAUCCACCAUGUCAAUGUGGUUAGGCUGGUCGGAUUCUGUGCCGAUGGGUUCAGGAGAGCUUUAGUGUAUGAGUACUUACCAAAUGAUUCACUGCAGAAGUACAUCUCUUACAAGGGGAAUCAACAUUCCAGCUUUGGGCUGAAGAAGCUCCAAGAUAUUGCUAUUGGAGUAGCCAAAGGGAUCGAGUAUCUUCACCACGGAUGUCACCAGAGGAUCCUGCAUUUCGACAUCAAGCCUUGCAACAUCCUCCUCGACCGGGACUUCACCCCAAAGAUAUCGGAUUUUGGCCUGGCCAAGCUGUGUGCAAAGGAUCAGAGUGCCAUAUCCAUGACAACAGCCAGAGGGACCAUCGGCUACAUUGCCCCAGAAGUGUUCUCUAGGAACUUUGGGAAUGUUUCGCAUAAAGCCGAUGUGUACAGCUUUGGGAUGCUGUUGCUAGAAAUUGUUGGAGGGAGGAAUAAUGUUGAUGUCACUACAACAGAUGGUACCAAUCAGAUAUACUUUCCGGAGUGGAUUUAUAGCCUUUUCCGCAGGUCCAAGGAGGAACUGAAGUUUGAUAUUGAGGAGGAUGAGGAAGAUGGCAAGAUCAGGAAGAAGAUGGCAAUAGCAGGGCUGUGGUGCAUUCAGUGGAACCCAGUUGAUCGACCGCCAAUGAAACUUGUGGUACAAAUGCUUGAAGGGGAAGUGGACAAUUUAAAACCACCUCCUAAUCCUAUUAGCUCCAAUCCUGAUGGUGGUGGUGUGACAAGAACUGCAGCUACGAUGAAGUCGAAGCCAUUGCAAGAUUUGGAGAUCAUACCAGAAAUAGACUGUCGGCUCCGUCUUUGCUCUGCAGGCGACGGUGAAUCGAUCGCCGCUGGAUCCAUCUCAAUCCCUCUGCACUUUCCGCCGCACAAAACGAAGAAGCGGUGGCGAGACUUUUUCCAAUUGGACUCCAGCCAUCCCGCCGUCUUUCCUUCAAAGGUGGCCUCCCGACAUCUCCGCGAGCUCAAACGGCUCGCUUCAGUUCGGUGGCUGAACACUGAUGCGAUGUCACUUGCUUUCAUCUCUAUCAUACAAAACCUGUGGCCUUUGUCGGUGCUCAAAUUCAAUGAUCUAAGAGCUUCUGAUGCUUUGGUCAAGGAGCUUCGUAUACCCGAAGGCACAAAAAGAUUUGUUUAUGCUGUCCGUGAUCCCAAGUCAGGUUCAGUUAUUUACAUUCUUUCUGUGCAGAAUUUGUCCGAACGAUCAGCUGCAGAUGUCGAGUGCCUUAUUAGGGAGGUCCGGCCUGAAGCUGUUAUCUCUCAGGUUGGGGAUCCAACUGUCCUUGAAACUCUUCUAGAAGAGAAUCAGUUGGCAGCUAACAAUGGUGAUUUGGUCCCCACUUCAUCAUUUGGUGUACUUAAACAAUGUUUCAUUCAGAAGAUCAAUAAGGAGAAGUACGAAAGCAUAGCAGGCAACUUAGUGUUGAGGGAAAUAUUUGGGGUUGGUUUUCAUGCCCACAUUUGGACUGCCAAUAAGACUGCCAAAGAGAUUGGUUCAUCAUUCUUUGUACUCGAGGCACCCUGCACAAGAAACCUCACCACGGCGGAUCCUACUCACGAAGCUGACAAAACAGGCACGGUUGAACGACUGGUCAGCAGCUUGAUCCCUUGCCAGGCAGCUUCAAUUGUCUCCUCGAGUCCAAAAAGAUUACCCCUUUCUGAUGUCCAGUCGAAGAUGGUAAUGCUAUUGCGUUCCAACAUGGAUGCAGCUCUACCAAAGACGGGCUCUUCUGUUUCAGUGUCGAAAGGAAUCGAGCCAGAAACCACUUUCCUGGUGCCAGCAUUUGCUCAAUCCAUAUACCCAUUGCUUCUUGACCUGCAUAACAUAUUCAUGGAUCUCCCAUCAGUUGGAGAGGCGUUGAACUGUUCACAGAAGAUGCUUUAUGAUAUCAAUAGAGGGGAAAGUGUGGACACUCAAAUCGUAUCUGAAGUCUGCACCUUCCGGAUAGCCGUUGAAGGAUUAAGAAUUGCCCUAAACAAUACUGGUCGUUUACCAAUGGGAAAAUUGAGGCAGCCUGAGAAAUCAAACUCCAACUUCUCAGAUCUCCCAGUUGAAGAGAAGUCUCAAGCACUCCUUGCUCAUGCUCUACAAAGCCAGGGUGAGAAAUUCAAGACCAUAGUAGCUGUAAUAGACGCCAGUUCCUUGGCCGGUCUCAGAAAACACUGGGACACUCCAUUACCUCUUGAAAUCAAAGGCCUAAUCGGACAACUCAUCACGGAUUGUAACUCUCGAGGAGAAGCUUCGAACCAGGAGGAUGACAACAAGAGAUGGUGGCUAUUCCCCAACAAACCGGUGGUAGCAGUUGGCGCUGGGGCGACAGCUGUUGUUGGAGUCUCGUCUCUUUCCAAAGUGGUCCCUGCAUCGACGUUCAUGAAGGUCGUGAGUUUCAAGUUCCCUGCUUCACUCAAGCUCGUGCUUACCCAAACCCAGAAGGUAAUGUCAUUCGGUUUGACCAAGAGCGGGCCAACCAAGGCAGCUGUCUCUGCCGAGAAGAUCCGAACAGUGGCCCAUGGGAUCAUAACCUCCGUCGAGAAGACGAGCGUUUCAGCCAUGAGAACGGCUUUCUACGAGAUAAUGAGGAAACGAAGAGUCAGGCCUAUCGGGUUCCUGCCUUGGGCUACAUUCGGAGGGAGCAUCAUGACCCUUUCUGGGUUGCUUAUGUGUGGAGACGGGAUCGAAUGUGUUGCUGAAUCUUUCCCUUCGGCUCGUUCGAUUGCCAGCUUGGGCCGUGGGAUUCGGAGCUUGAAGGAGGCGUCCCAGCAAGUGAGGGAGAGUGAUGGAGUUAGAAUACAGAGAUCUAUUGAGUCUCUGAUGUACAGACUGAAGAAAGUGACAGUACAAUAA